CCCACUCUCAUCAAUCUCCCUCCGCCACCUUCUGAGCCGCUCACGCCCUCGGAUGCGCCCUCGCGCAGCGGCACUCCCAAUUCCACUCGCUCGACCACGACAUCUAUGAGCGAACUCUCCACCGUCGCAAUCAAAGACGGUCACCGCGGCCACCUUCCUCACCACCAACACCACCAAGGUCCUUCCGGCCUCUCAAACCAGCUUGACGCCGAACGCGCAGAUCGCAUUUCUCGCCUUGCUGGUCUCGAACGUGUGACCACAGCCCGCAAUCCCCAGACACCAAAUAGCGUAGGCAACGUCACUCCCGGCGCAUCAGGAGGCCAAGCCGUACCUCCCGCAGUCUCCUACUUCGACAGCACCGGCAAUCCUGUUCUCGGCCGCGAACGUAGCACCGUGGGCAGCGCCUCAGCAACGGGCUCUGUCGGCGCACGCACAACCUGGGCCGGCGAUAGCGAGGCAGGCGACAAUUAUGACAAAAUGUCCGAAUCCCAAGACCAAGAUAUGGACAUGGACAAUUCUUCCGUAGGGGGAAUGUCCGAGGAAGGUACUCCCUCUCUCGUAGCUUUUGGAGAAGGAGCGAGAACUCCUGCGAGACAGUCUACGAUUUCUCCGCCUGGGGUGCAAGCUGCUACUAAAGGGGUGAGAGAGGCUAGGUAUAUUGAUGGUAUGACUUAUGACCAGGAUGUCGUGGAUACUACUGCCGAUGCCCGCCGG